AUGUCAAGGCUGGGUGCCGGAGAUAUUCGGACGUUGCUCACCUGCGUGAGUCCCGGAAGUCGCUGGCAGAUUCGGGUUAGGUUCCGCGACUUGUAUAAAGACGUUUGCUGGCAACAUCGGUCAUCCCCUAAGUUAUCUAGAUUUUUCAAAAUGGUUGUCAAGGUUGGUAUCAAUGGUUUUGGCCGUAUCGGACGUCUUGUUCUCCGUAACGCUCUCGCAAACCCUGAGGUUCAUGUUCUUGCUGUCAACGACCCUUUCAUUGACGCCGAGUACGCUGCCUACAUGUUCAAGUACGACUCCACCCACGGCCGCUUCAAGGGCGACGUCUCUGCCUCCGGCACCACAUUGACCAUCAACGGCAAGAAGAUUGAGUUCCACGGCGAGUCUGAUCCCUCCAAGAUCCCCUGGGGCUCUCACGGUGCCGAGUACAUUGUCGAGUCCACCGGUGUCUUCACCACCUGCGAGAAGGCCUCUGCCCACUUGAAGGGCGGUGCUAAGAAGGUCAUCAUCUCUGCUCCUUCUGCUGAUGCCCCCAUGUUCGUUGUUGGUGUCAACUUGGAGGCCUACAAGCCCGAGUACACCGUCAUCUCCAACGCUUCGUGCACCACCAACUGCUUGGCUCCUCUUGCCAAGGUUGUUGACGACAACUUCGGUUUGGUUGAGGGUCUCAUGACCACCGUCCACUCCAUCACCGCCACCCAGAAGACUGUUGACGGUCCCUCCAAGAAGGACUGGCGUGGUGGCCGUACCGCCUCUGGCAACAUCAUCCCCUCUUCGACUGGUGCUGCCAAGGCUGUUGGCAAGGUUAUCCCCCACCUCAACGGCAAGCUCACCGGUAUGUCUUUGCGUGUCCCCACCGUUGACGUUUCCGUCGUUGACUUGACCUGCAAGACCCAGAAGUCCGUCACCUACGAGGACAUCAAGGCUGCCAUGAAGAAGGCUUCUGAGGGCGAGCUCAAGGGCGUUCUCGGCUACACUGAGGACGACGUUGUCUCUUCCGACUUCAUUGGUGACACCCACUCCUCCAUCUUUGACGCCAAGGCCGGUAUCUUGCUCAAUGACCACUUUGUCAAGCUCAUCUCCUGGUACGACAACGAGUACGGCUACUCUGCCCGCGUCGUCGACCUCUUGGUUGCCGUUGCCAAGAAGGACGCCUCCGCUUAG